AAGAGGUUGGAGCAAGCCAGCCACGAGACAAGUGAAAACGCGUAGACCAAAAGCGCUUCCCCUGCUUUUCUUCGCUCCAUUGCAUGUGACGCUGACCUAUUUAAAAAAAACAUCUAUUCCUUCUACUUCACUCACUCUUCAUAUUCAGUGCUGAACAAGAUCUCGACCCAGAGUUCAGCAAUGGCUCCACCUGUGAAUUUCAGACCCACAAAGGUAUUUGUGCUCUUUCUUGUUUUGAUCCUUUUUGCUGCGGCGUCGCUGUUGUGUGUGUGCGCCGAAUCUGAAUCUCGAAAUGGAGAAUUGGUUCGAAGAGGAAGAAGGAUUUUGGAGUCGGUGGAAGAAGAGGAGGUGCCGAAGAACAAGAAGAACUCCAGCGAUGGCUUAUCCACCAAAUCCUUAAAAAACCAGACAAAGCUCAUUAAGAAUGGUUUGUCGACGAAGAACAAGACCAUUGUUGGUAAAGCUACGAAUUCCACAAAAUUGGCAUCCGCCGGCAUCCUUCCCAAAGUUGGGCUUAAGAAGCUCAAUUCCACCUCGAAAUCCACUAAUUCUACAAAAACCACUUCAUUCCCUGCCAAGAAAUCCUCAGAUCUACUCAAAUUAAGCACACCCAAGAACAAAACGACAACGAAACAAUCCCAAACCCAUUUGGACAAACCAAACAAGGACCAGAAAAUUCAGAAACAGAGUCAGGAGAAGCCCAAGAAACAAGCACAGGAGAAACCCAAUUGGAUCGACGAAGAUGAAGAGGACGAUUUCGUUUCACAAUUCCGAGAUCUACCCAUGAAAAUUCAUAAAAAUUUGAUCCCAGACCUGGCGAGAAUCUCCACCAGUUCCAAGGCUUACAUUACCAAAGCCAACAAACAAAUGACAAUGGGAUUCAAACCCAUCGUGGGCAACAAGUACGCCUCCACCAUCGCUACCUUAACCUCCUUCGCCUUCAUAUUGAUUCCUCUAAUCCUGGUGAGUCUUUUAUUCAAUCGAAUCAAGGCUUAUUUCUCACUCCAAAAGCUUCUCAUAUUCAUCCAAGUCUACCUCUCAAUCUACUUCGGCAUCCUCUGCUUGUCCUCGCUGGUCACUGGCCUCGAGCCCCUCAAAUUCUUCUACUCCACCUCGCAAUCCACGUACAUGGGUUUACAGGUGAUGCAAACCCUUGGAUACAUCUUGUAUCUGCUGCUGCUCGUGAUGUACCUGGUGCUGGUGUUCUCCACCGAUUGUGGGCUCGGGUCGAGGAUAUUGGGCCUGGCCCAGACCAUGGUGGGGUAUGCUGUCGGGCUGCAUUACUAUGUAGCGGUGUUCCACAGGAUGGUUCUACACCAGCCGCCGAGAACAAACUGGAAAAUUCAUGGGAUUUACGCCACGUGUUUUCUGGUGAUUAGCGUGUUCGCUGGUGCGGAGAGGCGGAAGAAGGCUUACUUGGAGGAAGACGGAGCGGAGGGGAAGAAAAGUUAAUUAAUUUCAAUAAUAAUCUUUUUUUUCUCUUUUUUUUUUUUUUUUAUAAUUUAGUUCUUGAAUUUGCAUUGAUUGGAGCAUUGGUGGUGUUGUAAACGGAAAAUUAAAAAUGGUUAUUUAAUAAUUUAUUAAAAUUAAUAA